AUGAAGAAGCGGGAGAAGGAGGACGAAGAAGGACUUCUCAACAGAAAGUCCCUUUCGGCAGGAUCCUCGUCAGUGUUAAUAGGAGGUGAGAGCUUCGCAGAAUUUGAAAAUUUCAAUUGAAUAAUUCAGAACACGAUUCCGAUUCGGAAGACGUCACCACAUUCGCAGACACGCCGUUCUCCCCAUGGCCGCACGUCUUCAACCUCGCCAACUGCAUCAUCGGCGUCUCCGUUCUGGCGAUGCCCUACGUCUUCCAGCAGUGCGGAAUCCUGCUCGCCGCCGUCAUGAUCGCGAUUUGCGCGGUGCUCACAAAGCUCACCUGCCAUUUUUUGGCGCAGGCGGCCUUCAACACGCGGACAAUGUCCUACGAGAGUCUCGCAAUGGCGACGUUAGGCCCUUCCGGACGGCGAUUCGUCGAGUUCUGUCUUCUGGUAUUCCUCGUCUCCUCGAUCGUCGCAUUCAUCGUAGUCAUCGGAGACAUUGGACCGCAUCUAGUGGCCGAAUUUCUGCAGCUCGAGGCUCCGACCCAACGACUGAGGAUACUCGUCAUGGUCGUCGUCGUCGUGUUCAUAGUGCUCCCGCUCUCGUUUAUUGAUGAUCUCAAGAAGUUCUCGAUCAUCAGCUCGCUCGCGUGCCUUUUCUAUUUCGUAUUCGUCGGACGGAUGAUGAUCGAAUCGCUGCCGACGAUCUAUCAGGGCGAGUGGAGUAUCCACGUGGUCUGGUGGCGACCGCAGGGAUUCCUCACGUGUCUUCCGAUCGUCUGUAUGGCAAUGUGUUGUCAGACGCAACUGUUCCCCGUCAUUUCGUGCAUUAAAGACGCGACGACGGAUCGCGUCGACUACGUCGUCUCGCAGUCGAUCAACAUUUGUGCGGGCAUGUACGCCGCCGUCGGCGUCUUCGGCUACGUGGCAUUCUACUCGCACGAACUUCAUGGAGACGUGCUCGUGCAGUUCCCGCCGACAGUCGUGACGCAGUCGAUGAAGCUCGCCUUCCUGCUCUCCAUCGCCGUCUCGAUUCCACUGAUGAUGUUCCCCGCAAGGACGGCACUCUUCUGCUUGAUUCUCAGAGAUGUGCACAAAGAAUUGUAUUUGCUUAACUUUUAAACAACAAUUUUUCAGAAGGACAGUGUCGCACAUACCGUCGACUUGGAGAAGUUCACCUUCCACAUUCUCACCGCCAUCAUCCUCAUCGUCAACACAGUUCUGGCGAUUCUGACGCCGAACGUCGAGUUCAUUCUCGGUCUGACCGGCGCGUUCAUCGGAAGCCUCGUCUCCACAAUCCUCCCCUCCACCAUCUACAUCGCCAAUCAAGCGAACGAGACUCAGAACCGAGCCAGAAAGGUCGGAGCAACCACGUCGACCGCGCGAUUGUGUCUGAUCAUCGGAUUGUUCAUUCUGGUGGCCAGCACGUGCGCGAUUCUGAUGGCCGAAAAGAAGACGUCGGUUGUGGAGCGACCGAAGGCCAAGGACGAUUCCGGAGAGGACGAGCCGGUGCUGAAGUCGUUGGAGAGUCUCGAAGAGAAGGUGUUGGAUGCGAAUCUGAACAUUUCUGCGGUAAAAAAGUUCGCAACGACUCUUUUUUCAAUCGCUUUUUGUAGAAACUGGAUGAUAUAUCAGAGUUGGCGGCAAAAGGAAACGACACGGAAGCAGUGAGGAUGCUGGUGGAGAUGAAGGAACAGCAGAAGAUUCAGCAACAGUUGAUAGAGCGGCAAGAGCAGAUUAUGGCUCAAUUGAACAAGAAAACAGAGUCAUUAGGUAUUGAAGUUGUCGAAAAUUCAAAAGUUAUUAGGUAAGUUCUAAUUUCAGCAAAUUCGACGGUAGAAGAAACUGCUCCAGCAGCCACUCCAGAAGCCGUUCCAGUUGCAGCUGCCUAG